AUGACCACUGAUCCUAUUAAAAUACGACCUUUAUCACCAACUACAACUCAAAGAACUACAACGCCAUUAAAUACUGCAGUGGUAUGGAAAGUUUGGGUAAAAUUAGAAGAUGAUUUAAAUUCUUCAAUCAAUCAAUCAAUCGCUAUUGAAUUCACCCAACAUGAUACCGUUGAUGAUUUGAAAUCAAAGCUUUUAUUGAAAUUAAAUAAGUCUAGAUGGUCAACUUUAAAUGACAAUACUUCAAUCGCAAUAGGGCUAUAUAUAGAAACACCAAAAAUAAUGGGUCAUAAUGUCUCAAAAUCACCUAGAGGAAGCAUUUACAUGGAAAAUAAUUUAUUUAAAUCAAAACCUAAAUUAUCUUUACAACAAUCCAUUGGCAAUAACACUAGCAUUAAUAAUACAGACACUCAUGAAUUAUUCACAUUUAAUAAAAGUUUUUCAUCGACUGCAUUGAAUAGAGAUUUCAAUACCAUAAAAACAUCAAAUUUACAUACUGUUACAAGCAGUGGAGCAUUAAUAUCACAACAACUCCAAGAAAGAAAUUCCCCCUUUAUCUACCCACAGGGCCACAGUCCAAAAAUAAGUGCAUUUUCAAAAUUUACUGGAUUAUCGUUAUCACCAAUAAAUACUUUACAAAUAUCAAACUUUAAAUAUAAUUCAAAUGGUAUACAUAGACAAUCAAUCUCAGCAUCUAGAAAUGAUUUAAAAUAUUUAACAGAAAUUAUUGAUAAUAAUACAUCACGAAUAAUAUUUGAACCAGACGAAAUAAUUAUACGAAUAUAUAGUGAAGUAUUUGGACCUAUGGGCGUUCAACAAUCAUCUGAACCUUUACAAGUUUUUACAACUGACAUUUCAAAUUCAAUAAAUAUUAAAAGUAGAAGAUGUAGCCAAAUUGACGUUCCAUUAUCUAAAUUAAGUAGUCAUGUCAAUAAUGAAAAUAUGAAUAUUAAUCAUUCAAACAAUAUUAGCCCAAAUUCAAAUAAUAACACAAAAAAUCUUGCAGAAACUAAUAAACUAAAACGUGAUAUAAUAAUGAAUUACGAAUUACGAAGUUCAAGUAAUAAUAACCAAAAGACUUCAAAUGAUACUGAACGCUUUGAUGAUACUAACAUAGAUAGCGAAAUGAAUAGCCCAACUUUUAACCCAAAUACUUCAUCAGAUAAUCUAAGGAGGGAAAGUGUGACGGAAACUGAGCCUGAUUUCAGAAUUAUAACGGAUGAAGAACAAUUAAGAAAAGUUUCUAAUUCAAUUGCAAAUGAUGAGAAUAUUUUACAUGCUCCUAAACAAGCCAUUCUAUUAUUGCCAAAAAACUUUGAAGGUGACGUAAAAUUUGAAUCUCAGCAGAAUGACGCUUAUUCUCCAACUUCAGCAGAUAUGGAUUUGAAAAGUAAGAAACCAAACAUUAUUCCUUUUCAAGAAGGUGAUACAGUCCCGCAUUCAGGCUUACAAGAACAAGAAAUUGGAUUAAUACAUCCCUUACUAGAAGGUAGCCCAAGUAAUGAACCAACUUUGCCAAAUACCCCACCAAAUAUUAACUCUAGGCCAACACUGACUGAUUCUAACAUUAUUCACAAGGGCUUACAAACUAGUCAAACAAACUCCAAUAUUGUAGGCACUACUGAUGAGUUGAAAUCUACUACAAAUCCUGUAAAACCUAAAAUGAGAAGUACAAGUGAAAAUAUUUUCCCAAGAAUCAAUAUUUUAAUUGUUGAAGAUAAUGUAAUUAAUCAAACAAUUUUAGGAUCAUUUUUAAGAAAGAAUAAAAUUUUUUAUAAGGUAGCCAAAAAUGGUAGAGAAGCAGUUGAUAAAUGGAAAGAGGGUGGAAUUCAUUUAAUUUUUAUGGAUUUACAAUUACCAGUAUUAUCAGGCACAGAUGCAGCCAAGGAGAUAAGACAAUAUGAAAAAAAAAUCGGUAUUGGAAUCCAGAAAAAGCAAUCGUCUUCCUCUGAUUUAUCCUUAUCUGAAUCGUUUUUAAAUACAAAAUCAUCUGCCUGUGCUCCAGUUAUUAUAGUCGCAUUUACUGCAUCAAACUCUUUAGCUGAUAAGAGAGCGGCAUUAAUUGCAGGUUGCAACGAUUAUUUGACUAAGCCGGUGAAUUUACAUUGGCUAAGUAAGAAAAUAACGGAGUGGGGUUGUAUGCAAGGGCUAAUUGACUUUGACAAUUGGAAACAAGGGCAGAGCAGAAUGACAAACAAUGUUCUUGUCAAAAAGCAAGCAUCCCUGAAAUCCAGGAAAAGCGGUACAAAGAUACCAACGAAACAAUCAUCUUCACAUAAUAUUGAAGCAGAUAAUAUUUGA